AUGUGGCUGGCCGGCGCCUCCUUGACAGUUUCACUGAUCAUCGCCACAGUUGGUUUGGUGGAGCCAGGGCUACUGUGCCCGCAUCAAGGUCUCCUACCUGAUACCAUGGUCAGCCCACCAGGUACGAAUGUUACCCUGCCCUGCCUAGAGGGGGAGCUAGAGAACACCACCAAUGUCCAGUGGAGGUUCAAUGGACGGAAUAUAAGUUCGGAUUGCGGAAGGCUGGUGUUGGAAGGGCCCCGUCUUUUCCUGCCAUCGGUCUAUUACAACAAUUCAGGCUUAUACACUUGCCAUGCCGGUGGCCGCAUCCUCCGCUCUGUGCGCCUGCUGGUGGAAGAGCCUCCGGAGGUGCCCGAUUUCACCUGCUUCCGCAGGAGUUUCACCAAGGAUAUCCUGUGCGAGUGGAAGCCCUCCCGCCAGCUGUGUUCUCGCACCAAAGCCAAAUUCUGGGUGGGAAAGGGGCUCAUGGGAGGAAACCACACAGAACACCAAUGCCGUUAUUACAGUAAAUCCCAGAAAUUUACUUGUCGCAUCGCAAUGACUCACUAUGAUGAGGACAUCACCCUACGGGUGACCAUGUGUGUCACAAACGCAGCGGGCACCGCUACGAGUGAGCAGAAAUACUACAGAACCAGCAAUCUGGUGAAGCCAGACCCUCCGGAGAAUGUCCAGGUGAUGCCCGUGGAGAAGGCCCCCCGCAAACUUCUGGUGACCUGGCGUUACCCCUCCUCUUGGGGCUCCAAGAUCUACCACCUCCGGUUCCAGCUCCGCUACCGAGCAGACAUUUCACAGACGUACUCAGAGGUUGAGCUUCCGUUGGAGAUGACUUCUCACGUGAUCCACGAUGCCUUGCAAAACCUCCCCCACAGGGUUCAAGUGCGAGCCCACGAAGAAUUCGACUACGGAACCUGGAGUGAGUGGAGCCGUGAAAGUACUGGGACACCCUGGACAGAACCCCCGGAGGCUGAGUCAGAAACGACAACUUCAGACAUCCCAAAGGUUACGGAUUAUUCUAACUUUGUCACCUCAAAUGUGUCCACGACGCCUGCAUUCCCCACUGAGUCAGAGCAGCCAGCUGCUGCUGCUGAUAUGGCUCUUCAUACAUUCCUCAUCCCAGCGGUAACUGUGAUCUUGGGUCUCGCUCUGGUGGUUGGCAUCAUCAUCCGGUAUCGGAAAAAAUGGUGGACGCCGUCAUCUGGCGAGGCGAAGGCCAAGGCCAUACCGUCCUAUUCCUUGGUUCUGCAGGGUUCGGGGGCCCCUUUGAGCUCCUCCCCUCUCCUGACCCCUCCCGCCUCCCCCUUCAGUGAGAGCUCCGUGGACAGUCCCCGAAUCCUGGAAAACAGUCCGUACGACGUUUCCAAUGCAGACUAUUUCUUGUUGCCCAGGUAGCCGGCAGGCAUUGGAUUAGAGGAUAUCGGACCCCACAGUGACAUUGGGCACAGGAGUUUCACACUGGAAAAUGCCACAGGAAACCAC